ACUCCUCUUAUUCAGGCGCUGUUCAUCCUGCUGUGAAUCACCUGUCAGUGACCUACAGCGUAGAAGCAUAUCAUUGUUGUUGUUUUAGGGGGAAAGUGCCCGGAAAGUGUGCUUUUUAAAUCCGUAAUUGAACUCUAGCUAGUUUUAAGAGAGUGGUUUGUAGAGAGCUUUUGAGGGUCGGUGCGGACUCCAGCGUAACUGGGUUUCUAAUUUAUUGUGAAGAAAUGUGCGGAAUAUUACAGCAACUACAGCGAAUUUCAUGAUGAGGUACGGCUUCGUGGUUCUGUCGGCGGGCUUUACAGGUUUGCUCAGCUUUUGCCUCUUGGCCGUAUCAAUCGGAACUGAUUACUGGUACAUCAUCGAUGUGAAUAAACCAAACUCCGAGGACCUGAGUUCAUACUCCGGACUGUGGACGAUUAAUGAAGGAGCAAACAGGAGUUCCGUCAUCUCUACUUUCACUGCGAAUAUGUCCGCCCUGUCCGAGGUUGAGAGGCACCUUCUCGAGCUGCACAGGGCGGUGGUGAUUGUAUUGCCCCUCAGCCUGGUGCUGCUGGUGUUCGGGUGGAUUUUCGGACUCGUCAGUUCGUUGGCCUGCAGCCCAAAACUACUGACUGGGACCGCAUUCUACUUCUUCUUCUGCAGUCUUUUCACUUUGACUGGGGUCAGCCUCUACAUCGAGUACCACAACAAGGCCAUGGAGGAGUUCCAUCGCAAUGUGUCCCCGGAGGACCUGGCCUACGUGGACGUGUCGUUUGGCUGGUCCUUUGUUAUGGCGUGGCUCUCUUACUCUUUGAAACUGGCCACCGGCCUACUGCUCCUGCUCGCCGCCAAAAUCACCCAAAUGAAAGGACGUUACGACUGUGGCGUCGCCGUCGCCACUUUGUGAAUGUCCGCAGUCCACCUUAAAAAAAUACCAUAAAAGAGAAUUUUAUUCUUAAGCAACCUGAGAUUCAAAAGAAAACAUGUACAGUAGUUGCCUUCCUUGUUGUACUUAAAUAUGUUGUACAUCCAAUUCAGAGUUAUUUAUCAUUAUUACACAAUGCAUUGUACUAGUAAUUAUACCAGGAGCCAAGAACAACAUACAAGCAGAGGUUUUAAUCAUUAUAGUGACUUGGGUUCAUUACAGCAGUACUGUCGCUGUCAAAGGACAGAGGGGGUGUGAGUUUUCAGCAUACAAGGCGAGGCAAGUUUAUUUAUAGAGUACAGUUUGUAAGCAAGGAAAUUCAAAGUGCUUUACAGAAAAGAAGGCUAAAAUCACUUCAUAAAAUCCAUCCAUCCAUUUUCUAUGCUGCAUCUCCUCAUUUGGGUCGCGGCUAUGGUACACCCAGGACUGGUCGCCAGCUAAUCGCAGGGCACAUAUAGACAAACUACCAUUCACACUCGCAUUCAUACCUACGGACAAUUUAGAGUCACCAAUUAACCUAACAUGCAUGUUUUUGGAAUGUGGGAGGAAACCACAGUACCCGGAGAAAACCCACACACGCACGGGGAGAACAUGCAAACUCCACACAGAAAUGCCCAAGGGAGAAUCGAACCCAGGUCUUUCCCAAUCUCCAGACUGUUACUGUGUGGCCAACAUGUUAACCACUAGACCACCGUGUGGCCCCACUUCAUAAAAUCAUUCUAAAAUCAUGACAUAAAACUAUUGAUUGAUCGGCCAUCGAUCAGUAUCGGACGACUUCCAUGAAAAAUCACAUGAUUGGCAUAUGCUGAUAAAUGCCUUUCAACGCCGAGCACCUGUGGCUCGUAUUAUUGCAGCAAUCGCAGAAUGUAGUAUAGUGUCUUGGGUCGCUUCCUGCUCCCACUUUCCUUCACACUUCGCAGGCGUGCCGAAACAAAAACAAGCAUGUCUGCCGUGUGGAAUUUACCUGACUAUAUAAGUGAAAUCGGCGAAGUAGCCAACUUUUUUUUUUUUUACAAUUAUUAUAUAUGGUUUAAGGCUGUAAAACUCCUCACCAUACACUUUGCUCAGACAGGCAGUAAUGUUUUCUCACAUUUGUCUCUUGUCUAAACACUCAAAAAAAAGUUCAAACCUUCAUUUGAGUUUUAAUAACCAACCUACUGGUCGGACACAAGAAAUUAUUAAGCCACUCACGCGUAUUCCACUCCUGUUGCAGUUCUCCUCCUUCGAAACGAAGAUUCAUUUACAAGCUAGCAAGCUAGCAAUGCCACAGGAAACACAGCAGAGUGGCACAAAGGAGAUAGAUUGACAUUGGUCUACAGCCAAUCAAGACACUGAAAAUAAUGGACGGUGCCGACAGACAAGAGAGGAAAGAGACACUCAACUUCCCCCAAUGCAAUUCUUCUUAAAGGGCCAGGCUAACAGCGUUCAUACGCUGCAAUAAAUAGAAAAGACGCACAAAAAAAAAUCCGCGAAAGGUGAACCGCGAUAGAGCAAGGGAACAUUGUACCCAAAAAAUAAAUUCAUCAGACUACAUGACCAGCCUUUGUCAGCGGGGGAAGACACCGGGUUCGCCGAGUGCUCCAACAACGCACACUCACAUCCCAAGUCUGCUUAAAGAAGUUGUCUGAACCUCCGGAAGUUUCACGAGUGAUAUAUGUUCUCUUCAAAAAGUAAGUAAAAUGUGUUUUUUCUAAAUUAAAUUAAAUUAAUUUAUGCUUCCUUUUUUCAUAUCAUAUAGCCAAAGCAGGGGUGCAGCCAGGAAUUCUGGGCCCCAUGAAAAAAAAAAAUCACCCCUUUAAUUAAUGACUAAUUGUAUAAGUAAUGACCUAAUUGUCCUACUUUUCUCCUUUAUACGCCACGCCUCGCCAAUAGCACUCAUCAUAAAUGGAAAAAUGUAUAAUUAAUCCAUAUGAUCAGUAUCGAUAUCGGCCGAUUUCACUCAUGGAUGAUCGGAAUCAGCAGCAUAAAACCCUGCGGCGCUUGACCAUGAAAAGACUUGUACACAAACUGAACUGUUUAAAAGUCUAUUCUCCGAGCGACAGGAAGACAGCGCAUAGACCUGAGCACUGGACUAAUCUUGUUGUGUUUCCUGGUUCUAGUCGGGACUCGAGCAGCAGCAUUUUGGAUUUACUGUAGCUGUUAUACGGCUUGUUUAGAGAGCUUUAGAAGGCUGUGGAUUAGUCUCUGUAAAUCUGGCUCAGACACUGUUCCAUUGAUUUUGGCCAUGUUUUUUUAGGUGGUAAGAAACUGCUGAUGUUAUUGAUUGGCUGUUAAAGUCUAAGCCCAGUAUUGCCCCUAGAUUUCAACUAGAUGAUUACAUUUUAGAGAGAAAGUUCCAAGGUUAUUGAUAAAACUUUAUUUUGUUUCUGUGGGCCACAGACAAUGAUUUCAGUUUUGUCUGAGUUUAGCUGGAGGAAAUUGUUCUUGCAGCCACACACACAUCCAAUCACACAUCCAUGCAUUAAAUGAAUAUAAAUAUGAACAGAUGGCAGGGUGAAACUCGAUGCCACAUGAAGAAUUAGCCCAGCAUGAGUCAGCCUAAAAAAUACGCCCAAGGAAAUUCACUGAAUAAGAAUUUAAAUUUUACUCUUAAGUUUCAAGACUGUGUCUUACUUCCUGGAUUGAAGAUGGAACACUGGUUACAAUGACGGCUGUCUGAGGACAGACCCUUGUGGAAUGCCACUGACUGGGUUAUCAUUGUUAAUUUAGGGACUUGUGCUGAUAAAUUGCUGAGUUGUAGAUCGGGGUCAAACCAAUCGUAGCAAGACGUGCUGCAUACUUGUGCUGUUCUCAAAAGUGGCACUAGGGAUUUCGUUAUUUCUUAGACAGUCUAUCCGGAAGGGAAAAAAGUUCAAUAAAACACAGAGAAAGAUGGCUGCUGAACCUGUCUCUAUUGUCAAGCAAAAUUUAUAUGGAAACCAAGGUUAAAAUAUUGUCGGAACUCAAAAAUGCCUCUGAAAAUGAUCAUUCCAGAAAGAAUUGCCUCAUAACAGAAAAGUACAGAUUAGUCAUUUCCUCAUACCGCUUCAUCUCAAUGCUUCAUCAGUAUAAGUGCCCAAUUAAACAUCAUGCAAAGCCUUCUCCGCUCCAAGAAAAUAAGAUGGAAAAGUUACAUUUAGAAGAAGGGGGGAAAAGUCUGCACCGCAUAUUCGAACUUGUAAAGUAAAGUUACAAUGCUCUCAUCAUGAACACUAGAGUACGAGAACACACACCUUCAUCUGUUUAAAACAAAUAUUUCUAGAAAUAACGCAGCGUUCUGGCACAGCAAUACAAUGCAUGGACCGCCCAUGUCAACUGCAGGCUGCUAGGAAGCAACUUUACAGGGUCGCAAAUGCGUUGUCUACAACAAAUUCAUUAACAUAUUAAUUCAUACGCUACACUCCCAUUGGCAAACAGCGAAACGACGAAGGACACACAAGAAUGUAUUCAUGCAGACUGACUUUGUGUAAGAAUGCAGAUAAACAUGUUGCUAUAUACAUGAUGCUAUGAUCGGUGCAGAAGAUAAGCUUUUACCGCUGUUUGAGUGCCUUGUUUUUAAUUAUUUCUUGUCUUUAUGCAACAAGGCACCAUACACAUUCACACAAUUACAGCAAAUUAUUUCAAAGGCAUUUAUUCACGCUAAUCUGCCAAACAUUGUACAAAGACAUUGAGCAUGUACCUGGCCAUAUUGAAUAUUUGCCCCCCAAGCGUCAUACUUGGAAGUUGCAACCCACCAAUAGGACCUAAUUCCUUUUUUUGCCUGUUUUUAAUCCAGCAUAAAAAUUAAAAAAGGAGACGUCUGAAUCUUUUAAGGUAGGAGAUGAAGGUCAAAGAAAGUAAUUUACCAAUGAAUGAAAGGCAUCGCUAACCAGAUCUUCUUCCAUUUCAAGUGAAAUAUGUGCUGUGUUUGAAAUGGUGAGUCAUGUUUGCCUUGUUGUUUUGUUGUUUGGCUAACUGUCUUAUUGCAACAGGUUUCACCCAAAAAAUAAAGGUGUCAUGUGCAUAACGAUGAAAAUGGAGUGUUCUCUUGUGUUUUUUUCCCAAAAGAAGAU